UUCUGAUAAGGUAGAGUGUACUCGGCAUUUACCUAUCGGGAGAGCUCGGUCGGUACGACCGACAGCGGCUAUCACGGCGCGUCACCGCUUUGCUCAGCAGUGAUUACGCUUACGCAGAUAUAUUUAAUAUUUUAAUCCAAAUCAGUCGAGAGACUGAGUUAUUGGAGCUUAUCGGUACUGUUAUGCGUGUACGAUAUUUUUCGUACAUACCUUUUCGUUAUCGGAAUGGAAUUGAUGACGCCAGAUUGACAUCGAUAUCCCAUCGGCAUCUCGAUUCUAUAGCUCACGCAACCUUGUGCUCAGUGGCAUUUCUUUACAGUCGUGAAUUUUGAUGGAUGUUCUUAAUUAACUACUCUUCAUAGAGUUGCAUUUGGUAUUCCCAAUCAUUUUGCGAUCAUUGGCGCAGGGCUUGAAUUUAACGUUUAAAUGCAAGUAUAACGAAAAGACGAUAUCAUGUAUUUCACUGAAUGUGCUCAUCGUCAUUCUUUCAGGUUUAAUUAUAUCUAAAAUACAUUGAAAAUGAAUUAUUCGGUCUGAUGAUGUUCGUUGAAACGCUAUUUCUCAUUGAAGUAAAAAUGUAGUCACAUAUUACUCAUUAGAGGCGAUUUUCAUGUCGAUUGCUCGGACAUUUAAGAUAAUCUCUCGAAUAAUUUCCGAUAAGAGGGGCCACAUUUAUAAAAGACUUGGUUCUUUAUCAUUUCGGAGCAGAUUCUUUUUUUUUGGUCUGCUAACCAGUUGCUCGGUUACACGUAUUCGAAUAAUGGCCACGAUGAAACAUUCCAUCUUUCUUUUGCUCACAUUGGCCAUCAGCGCAUCAAGAGGCGCUAAUGGUCGGAUGAAACCGUACUUCAUAAGUCUCUACGAUCAGGGAGAAAUUUUGCCGGUACCCAAAGAAUGUCCAAAAAUACAGGAUCCAAAAUAUACCGUUCACAUUGCGCACGAAACCGACUGCGAUAAAUUCUACACGUGCAGUUUUGGGAAACCGCAUUUGAAGUCCUGUCCAGUUGGCUUGCAUUUCAAUCCCAGAAAGCAAGUUUGCGAUAAUCCGGCAAACGCAGGAUGUGUUCCUGGAACCGGUUCGACCUCUGCCGCAACCACGACGACAACCGAGGCCACCCCGACCCCGAAGCCAACAACCACGACAACCGAGGCUACCCCGACCCCGAAGCCAACAACCACGACAACAGAGGCCACCCCGACCCCGAAGCCAACAACCACGACAACAGAGGCCACCCCGACCCCGAAGCCAACAACCACGACAACAGAGGCCACCCCGACCCCGAAGCCAACAACCACGACAACCGAAGCCCCUACACCAAGCUACCCAACAGCUUGUCCAGCAGUUGAUCCCGAAGAACCGGUCCUGCUACCCCAUGAGUGUGUCUGCCAAAAGUAUUACGAAUGCCGUAAUCGUGAGCAGAUUCUACAAGAAUGCGCUUCAGGCUUGCACUUCAAUCCUACUUCUCACACGUGCGAUUUACCAUCAAAUGCUGGCUGUGUCAGCAAACCAACUCCCACAAGUCCGAUUCCAAUCAUUCCUGGCGAGUGUCCGAUGGUCAACGGUGAGUUCGUCGUUCAUAUCCCUCAUGAAACAAAGUGUGCUUUCUUCUAUAAAUGCGAUAAUGGGGCGAAAAAACUUUUCGAGUGUCCUGAUGAAUUACACUUUAAUCCAGAGUUACACGUUUGCGACUGGCCAAAUCGUGAGAUGUGUGUAGACGAAACAUUUUUCUUCGUCUUUAUAAAACAUAUUGUUUGUCUCCUGACCAGUAGCAGAAGAUCGAAACCACGUAUUCAAAUAGUAGCCACCAUGAAAACUCCUAUAUUCCUUUUGAUGGUCACAUUGGCCAUCGAUGCAUCAAUUAGCGCAAAUAGCCAGGCGAAACAAUACGUCAUAAGUGCAAACAAAGAAGAAAUUUUGUCAGUGCCCACCGAAUGUCCGAAAAUACAGGAUCCGGAAGUGACUGUUUUUAUUGUGCACGAAACGGACUAUUCCAUCUUUCUUUUGCUCACAUUGGCCAUCAGCGCAUCAAGAGGCGCUAAUGGUCGGAUGAAACCGUACUUCAUAAGUCUGUACGAUCAGGGAGAAAUUUUGCCGGUACCCAAAGAAUGUCCAAAAAUACAGGAUCCAAAAUAUACCGUUCACAUUGCGCACGAAACCGACUGCGAUAAAUUCUACAGGUGCAGUUUUGGGAAACCGUAUUUAAAGUCCUGUCCAGUUGGCUUGCAUUUCAAUCCCAGAAUGCAAGUUUGCGAUAAUCCGGCAAACGCAGGAUGUGUUCCUGGAACUGGAUCGACCUCUGCCGCAACCACGACGACAACCAAGGCCACCCCGACCCCGACGGAGAGUACCACUACAUCAACGACGAUAACGACGACAGAGGCUACGAAUACUUCGACCGAAGAAACUACUACAAAACCAAGUAUCCCGACCCACGGUAUUAUAAUUAAUAUUUUUAUAAAAAAUAGUACGAUUAUUUUUGAAUCGCCGCGUAUAGAAUGAAUAACAAUGUAUCGACAGAUUUACUACACCCACAUUAGUAUAACGAAUAGUAGAGUCCAAGUGGAAAUGCGAUUUAUUGAAUUAAUAUGUAUGUCAUAAUAAUUGUACACGAUUGAAUCGCAAAAAAAAAGAACGCGAAU